AUGGCGACACCGACUCAAAUGAAGCAUGCCGCCUCACAGCAAGGCAGAACACCCUCACAGCUUGCGGCAGCAACGCCUCCAGUUUCGACACCCUUCUCGGCAUCUCAAGCACAUGCAGCUUUCUCUCCUCGAGGACCUCGAUCUUCCCCCCAGCAGUUUAAGAAAUCGCCUGCAACCUCGACGACCCUCAUGGGCCAUCCCGCAAAUGGAGCCUUGAACUUUGACAGUCCUUCCGCAGCGGCAGCGAUGGGGGCCCUGGGUAUCAGUGGCGGAUUGGAUAUUGGGCUGGACCAUGUUGGCGUUGGUGGUUUCGGCGGUCUGGGAGGACUCGGCAGCGAGGAUGAUAAGAUCAAGAGACUCGAUACGGUCAUUGAGAUUCUUGGAAAAGCAAAAGGACGAGUUAGCGAAGCUGGCCUGGAGCGACUGACGCUCCGAACAGGUCUUACUAGCAUCUGGGACGAGCACCGGUCGCCGGACGGCAGAAAGACGAAGAUGCUAGUUAUUGCUGGUCAGGCUCUAACGGUGGAUAUUGUGUUGAACAACAACAUCGUGGAGAAUGUCUCGUUGACCUUUCCGGAGUCGGCUCCGAUCGUAACCAGACAUAAGGAUCAGGCCGGAAAGAUUCUACUCAAGGACCUACAGCUUCGUCCCGACCAAAGCCCCCUAACCAAAACUCUGGACAAGUUUUCUGCAAAUCUGGAGCGCCUGGCGAACCUUGAUAAGCUCAGUGUCAUUCCCGGACUCGACUGUCAGGAGGCGCUGGCCGGCAUAUUUGAGAGUCUUGAGAGACUGUACAAGUGGGAGCUGUCUAAAUUGCGGGAGGAUCCAGCCAUGAGCGGAAAGCCAGACCGGUUCCUUGAGACUACGGUCAUGUGCACGAAAAGUGGUCGCCCGAUGAUGCAUGCUAGGGACAUGGUAGGCCUCAGCAUCGAGUAUUGGACAGAAAGGCGCCAUGUCAUACCCAAAACACCAGACACGGUGCGCUACUGCGAGAAGGUGGAGAAGGUCUGGUCCAUUCUCAUAGGAUGCAAAGCUCUGGAUGGUGAAAUGUUCCAGCCAGUCCGAGUCUCAGAGAACUGGAUUUCUCAGAAAGUAGUAGCCGAGCCCGGCCCUGACGACAUUCUGGCUGGACAGUCAGGCCUAGCACUUGACUGGCAAGAACCAGAAGCUACAAACUUACCACAGACCGACGACAACAAGGACAAGGGUGUUGAUGUGGUACACCCCGAUGGCACAACACAUAAGCUUCCGAACGUAAAGUUCGUAACGACGCUCACACCGUCUGUGAUAGUUCCACAAUCCGUAUGGAACACGCUGCAUGGGCUUACAGGCGCGGCAGCUCAGCCCAUGCUACUGCCCACCUACACGUUCGACAGCAUCUCCUUCCCUAUACCUGAGGGAAGCAAUCACGAUGCAAGUGAACUACGAGUUAUCUCCUGCAAGCGGACGGUGCAGAUUCCUGGCGACGAAAACACGACGUCGUCGCGGAAGCACAAGAAUACCUUGCUCAUCUACAAGCCAGUUUACGGACAAACGGUAACGGAGCUCUCGUUCUCCCACCCCCGACAGCUCGUUGCAAUGCUACCCAUACUUCGUCAAUAUGCAUUGAUUUCAACGUUGCUGGAGAGAAGUUUUGGGUCUGAUAUUUCUGGGGACACACUGCCAGAAAAGGACGAAUCGAUCGUUAAGGUUGACACGACAACAACAACUAAGGCUGAGUAUGAGAAGUUCAUGUCUAAGGCGUACGAUAGUGACGAGAAGGAGCUCACACUUGAUGUGGUGCUUACCGUCCACCCAUCCGCCGGGCUCCACGUUGUGUUCCCGUUCCGCAACGCAACGGCCAAUGUCGAUCUGCAAAUCCAGCCGAAUGGAGUAGUCCAUAUCGUUUCGCAGAACAUUGUACCUGAGGCCGGCGAAGACGUUGCUGCCGCGGAUAAGGGUAAGCACAAACAGCUUAAGCCGCAAGACCUGGGCAAGUUGCUCGAGGUGAUGGAGGAUCUCUGUUCCUGGGCAGAAUGGAUCCGACGAAACCUAUCAUAA